AUGUCUGAAGAUGAAUUCAAUUGUCAGAAAUGUGACACCCCACUUGAAUUAGAUGAAAGUCUUAAGAACUUGAACAUUUCCCAAUUAUCACAUCUUGUUAACGAACGACAAGAUAAACAAUUUGAAAAGGCAAAUAUCAAAAUACUAGAUGAUUUGGAUCCACAAGAAUAUAUACCCAAGGAAAGACUAGAUCUAUAUAAUCAGGUGAAUAAAGGUAAUAUUGAACCUAUACAGUAUCGGAAUUAUCUCGAGAGUGAUGAAGAGGACGACGAUGAAGAUGAAAAUGAUGAUUUUGAAGAUGAAGACGGAUCGUCAGGAUCGAAUUCGUACUUGGUGUUGGAUGAGGAAACUGGAGAUAGUGAUGAAGAAAAUGGGACUAUUAACGGAAAUCACGAACAACGGCAAGAAAAUGAAGAAGAUAGAGAAAUUCGAAUGUCAAGCAGGAUAAAGACUUUAACUAAAAUAUUUGAAAUUUUAUCUAAUAAUCAAGAUAUUGAUCAUCCUUUAUCAGAAGACUGUGCUAGUUUAUUAAUUGAAAACUAUAAAUUGAAGUUUGACCAAAGUCAAAAGGAAAAAGACAAUUACUUAUCUUUCUUGAGAAAAUUAAAGGAUAAAGACAAUCAAUUGAACUUGUAUGAUAAUGAACACAAUGAAGAGUUUAACCCCAACUUGCUGAAUGAAGAUUUAGACAUGAAAUUAACCCAAUCAAUUGAAGAAUUCAAGGAAUUAACUCUUUUGGAAAAGACUAGUUUGCAAAAAUUGAAAGAUCUAGAGAAUUCCCGAAAUGAAUUGGAUUCACAAUUGAAGAAAUAUGAGAAAGAAUUAGAGGAUCUCCAAAAUGACGGCUUAGAUAAGAUACUACGACUCAAAAAUAAACUUCAAUUGGAAUUGAAUGACAAGCGAAAUAAACUUGAACAAUCUAAAGCAGCAUAUCACGUACAUCUUGAUCAUAUUGAUAAAUUAAGAAAUCUAAAUAUAUACAACAAAAUUUUUAAUAUUUCAUGUGACAGUGAUGAUAAGUAUGGAACUAUCAAUGGGUUUAGGAUUGGUUAUAAAGUGGUUUGGCCUGAAAUAAAUGCUGCUUUGGGUCAAAUAAUCCUGCUACUAGUAUUUUUAGUAAAACGAUUGAAUUUGAAAUCUUCAACUUAUAAAUUAGUACCCAUGGGAUCACAAUCACAAAUCAUCAAAUUCAGCACAGUGCUGUCUGACGAAGGAAGUACAUCAAGUGGACAAACAACCAAAUCAAAGACAGUAUUAAACAUGUACUCAUCCGAUGAGUUUUCAUUGGGUAAGUUGUUUAAUUUUAACAAACUUGAUGUAUCGAUGAUUUCAUUGCUUGAUGUAGUAUCACAAAUUGAAACUCGUUUACGUUCAUUAGAUGCUGAUAUUGACUUACCUUACAAGAUUUCUCCUACCAAAGAUUCAAUUGGUGGGAAAAGUAUUAGAGUAACUUCCAAUACUGAAUGGACUCAGAGUUGUAAGUUUCUCUUAACUGAUCUUAAAUGGAUGCUUACUUUUAUUAGUGCUCAUACUUCUCCUAACAAUACAUAG